UCAGUGCUGACGAGCGAUCGACUAAUCAGAAGGGCUAUCCGUGCUGAGGAUGGACUUUGGCAGAGUCCUUUCCUUCCUGGCCGCCGCCGUAGGAUGCUAAGCUGGUUCUUGUGCAAUCGCAGAGGCAGCAUGUUUGCGUGGGGGAGAAGGAUGAGCUGCUGGAAGGCGAUAUAAGGCACCGGGCUGGGAGCACAAGAGACCCAGGGCAGUGGUGGGUGGAGGAGCAGAGAGUGGCCUAGCGAUGGAAAGGAUUGUGAGAUGUUGGCUGCUGGUCUUUGCUCUCUGCCUGGCUGGCUGUGAAGGCAACAAGAGUGAGCUGAUGAGCCCGCAUGGCCUGAGGCAAGGGGUUGCCUUCCAUCUCAAGAGGAGCCCAGACCCCUGCCUGCCAAACCCGUGCCAACAUCAGGGGGACUGCCAGGUGGCAGAGGACAGACCACAUUGCAGCUGCAAACCGGGCUUCACAGGGACAUUCUGCCAAGAUGUGGCAUUGAAAUUGGCCUGUGCGGAAGAGUACAUGAAGAUGAUGGUGAGGAAGGAGGUGUUUGAACUCUUGAAAAUCCCCUGGGAGCUUGUCCACUUGAAGAACCAGGCAUGCAAGGUCUCAGAAAGGGAAGAAGAGGGUGAGCUGUUCUUUGCAGCCACUCUCACAGGUGAAAACCACACUGCCUGUGGAUCAGUAAUUCAGCAAAACGGCUCCCACGUGUCAUACUCCAAUGUCAUUGAGUCAGAGCGGGAAGUGCACAGGGGCGUGAUCUCCCGGAGUUUUCAGCUGGAGGUGCAUUUCUCCUGCAUCUAUGCCUACAAGCAGGUGGUGAGCCUGCCCUUCACUCUCACUGCUGUUGACAAGCUGGUGCAGUUCAUGGUCAGAGAAGGGCACUUCAACGUCAGCAUGAGACUGUACAAGACCUCCUCCUACCUCCAGCCCUAUCACCUGCCAACCGCGACCAUCCCCAUCACCAACACAGUCUAUGUCCUGCUGAAGAUAGAAGGACAACGCCAGCUCAAGUACUUCCUGCUAAGCAUUGACGACUGCUGGGCCACGCCAAGCGUGGAUCCCUACCAGGAUGUGCAGCACAAGCUCAUUGAGAAGGGGUGUCCCCAUGAUGAGACAGUGGCUUACCUGAAUGCCAUUGGAGAGAGCACUACUGCCAAGUUCAGCUUCCAGAUGUUUCAGUUUGUUGGUUACCCUGAGGUGUUCCUGCACUGCCGUGUCCAGCUCUGCCUCCCUGACAGCCUGGAGCCCUGUGCCAAGCAAUGCCCCAGGCACUGGAGGAGCAAGCGGGCACUGGGAGAUGACUACAAUAAGAUUGUCUCCUAUGGGCCCAUCCACCUGCUGACUGCUCCUUCCUUGGGAGUGGAGACCCACCAUUCCAGGACUGACCAACAGGACCUGGGAGUAGGACCCAGCCCGUGGCUCCCGGGGGCCCUCAUCCUGCUGUGUGUGCUUGGUGCACUCACUGUGGCUGCUGCGGCCGCCAGCGUGUGGCAGCGGAUGGUGUAGAAAAUGGCUGUUCCCAAAUAAAUGUGACAAUAGCAGA